CCAAAGACGCAAACCCCAUCCAAAACCCAACAAAAACAGACAACAAAAAAGCAAAGGAAAAAACAUAACACAAAUGGCGACCAAGACAACCACCAUCAUCCCAAAACCGCAGCUGGAAGGAAUCCAGACGGUACCUCCCUCGAGAAUAACAGAGCCUAGGACGACCCGCCACGUGUCCGAUGCGUCCCCGGCGGCGGCCGGGCUGACGAAGGGAUGUUUCAAUCUGGUUCUGUUCUACUCCAACCGGUCGGUUCGUGAGGAUUCCGGUUGGGUUGCGGCCGGGUGGAUGAAGGAAUCGCUGGCCCGGGUGCUGAACCAGCAGCCGCUGCUCGGAGGGCGGCUCAGGAAAACGGGGGACGAAAUGGAGAUUGUGUCAAACGAUAGCGGAGCCCGGCUGCUGGAGGCGACGGUGGCGGUGGGGUUGAAGGAGUUUAUGUCGACGGCGGGGGAGGUCAGGGCGGCGGCGGAGGCGGAGCUGGUUUUCUGGAAGGAGAUUGAUGAGCAGAGUCCUGAGUUCUCUCCCUUGCUCUACGUUCAGGUGACGAAUUUCAAGUGCGGCGGAUACUCCGUCGGGAUCAGCUGCAGCCUGCUCGUUGCCGACCUCCUCAUCGCCGGCAACUUCCUCCACAAAUGGGGGGAAAUCCAGAAGGGAAUGAUCUCCACCUCCGCCGCCGGACCCAACCUCCCCAUCUUCUAUCUACCGAACCUGAAGCCCAAUGGGUCGUUCACGCUCGAAGCAUUCAGCUCGACCCCGACCAGGGGCCAGGCCCAUACUUUAAUUCUGAAAAUCACGCGGCCCAAUAAUCAGUUGGGCCUGGAGGCCCAACUUGCGGAGCUCUGCGUGGAAGAGGCCCAGCGCAGGUUUGGCUCGGAGGGGAAAAUGAUCUCGAGCUUCCGCGUGGUGGAUCUGAAGGAAUCGCCGGCGGUCUUGAAGGUGAAGACGUGGAGCCCGGAAUCGGAGGGAAUUGAGGGGAAGAAGCCGCCGCCGGGAGGAGGUGGAAUUACCGCCGGGAAUGCGACGUGGGAGGAUUUGGGGAUCGAGGGGGUGUCAUUUUACGCUGGGAAUAAGCCCGCUGGCGUCGCGUGUUGGGUGAGCUGGCUAAACGACGACGUGUUGGUGAUGCCGAUUCGCGAUUGUGGGGGUGUCGGCGGCGGCGAUGUGAUCGUGGUGGUUGCCGUCCCCGCCAAGGGGAAGCGAAUGAACGACAUCGUAGUUUAGACCCGACCCGGAAGAAGGAAAAGAAGGCAGGCUGGGAAGGGAGUGUUUGAGCUCACGUAUUAGUUGGUACUUAAUUGCGAUUAAGUAAUAAUUACUAGUAUGUGUUUUGUGCAAUUGUUCCCAUUUUGUAUUUUGAUUCUUUUGUUUAAGGGGGCAAUAUCGGUUGAGAUGGAAAACUUUUGUGAAUUAAUUUGAUAUUUUACUUUCUUAAGUUGGAAUUUUUUUUUUAUUUGGAUGCACAAAGAUUCCAUAUUUGCAAUAAAGUCUCACCACUUGGUUCGAUAAUCGGAUUCGACUAUUGUUCUGUGGACUUUAAUUGUAUCAAUUUUGUAUAGUAAACUCAUUGUAUUAUAUAAGUCUAUG